AUGGACGGCAUCGCCCCGAUCCGGGAUCGAACUAGGGACUCAAAGCCGUCCCAACCCGAGGUCACUGCCAGUGUCCCAGGUCGCUCCAGUGAACGCUCGGGCCUUCAACACCCACUGCCUGUCCUGCAAACGCCAGAACAGCGGCAGCGCGUUGAAAACCGGAUAACAUGUUUCUGCGAUCUGGGUAAUCCCUCUCAAGGUGGGGAGGAAUUCUCCGGAGUCCAUAAACGGAGGGGUGGGACAAGCGUUAAAUCCUCCCGAAGCCUGGGAGGUGCUGGGGCGCACUCGGGCGCGAGGCCUGCGGAAGCCGUGGCAGGGACGGCCGCAGCCCCCGACUCGCUGCGAGCCUCUCGGCGCCGACCACGGCACCGCUGUGAGGGAUUCCAGGCGCGAAGUGGGCCGGGGCGCAGGGUUUGGACACCGCGCACUCACUGCUGGAAACGGGGGACCUGGAUUGCAGCACGAGCGGGAAGUGCAGCUCCUCCCGCGCAGCGUCGCGUUUUCCGAGAUGCGUCCCUGAUAGCCUCAGCCACGCUGUAUAUUUGGCAGGGACAGGCCGAGCCCGGAUUUGUGCGCGCGCACUGCCCAGCCCACCGAGAGAAUGCCCGCAACCUCCAAUGCCCUCGAACUUCGGACCUUCCAAGGGUCCUCGGAAAAGGUUUAGGAGACGCGUGGGGACAGCCCAGCCGUACCGGGCCGCUGGACAGUGUUGCCAAGGAGCUGGGAUCGCACUUGCUGCAGACUUUGGAUGGAUUUGUUUUUGUGGUUGCAUCUGAUGGCAAAAUCAUGUACAUAUCCGAGACAGCUUCUGUACAUUUGGGCUUGUCCCAGGUGGAGCUCACAGGCAACAGUAUUUACGAGUACAUCCAUCCCUCUGACCACGACGAGAUGACCGCUGUCCUGGCGGCCCACCCGCCUCUCCACCAUCACCUGCUCCAAGAAUACGAGAUGGAGAGGUCGUUCUUCCUCCGGAUGAAGUGCGUCUUGGCCAAAAGAAACGCGGGCCUGACCUGCAGCGGUUACAAGGUCAUCCACUGCAGCGGCUACUUGAAGAUUAGGCAGUACAUGCUGGACAUGUCCCUGUAUGACUCCUGCUACCAGAUUGUGGGACUGGUGGCCGUGGGCCAGUCGCUGCCGCCCAGCGCCAUCACGGAGAUCAAGCUGCACAGUAACAUGUUCAUGUUCAGGGCCAGCCUUGACCUGAAGCUCAUCUUCCUGGACUCCAGGGUGACUGAACUCACAGGCUACGAGCCGCAGGACCUGAUCGAGAAGACGCUGUACCACCACGUGCACGGCUGCGACACCUUCCACCUCCGCUACGCCCACCACCUCCUGCUGGUGAAGGGCCAGGUGACCACCAAGUACUACCGGCUGCUGUCCAAGCUGGGCGGCUGGGUGUGGGUGCAGAGCUAUGCCACCGUGGUGCACAACAGCCGCUCAUCCCGGCCACACUGCAUCGUGAGUGUCAAUUAUGUCCUCACGGACAUCGAGUACAAGGAGCUUCAGCUGUCGCUGGAGCAGGUGUCCACUCCCAAGGCGCACGAGUCCUGGAGAGCCGCCUUGUCUACCUCACAAGAAGCUAGGAAACUUGCUAAACCCAAAAACACGAAGAUGAGGACAAAGCUGAGAACGAACCCCUAUCCCCCGCAGCAGUACAGCGCAUUCCAUGUGGACAAACUGGACUGUGGCCAGCUCGCAGCGUGGGGAGCCAGCGCCCCCACCGGCACCCCUGCCGGCCAGGAGCAGCAGCUGCACGCCGAGGGCCGUGACCUCCUGUAUGCACCGCCCUGUGGCCUGCCCUUCUCCUACCGCUAUGGACCCUUCCCCCUGGACGCUCCUGUCUUCGGCAGCAAGAAGCCCGUGCUGCCCCCCAAGUUUGGACAGCCCCAGGGCUCCCCCAAGAAGCCCGUGCUGCCCCCCAAGUUUGGCCAGCCCCAGGGCUCCCCGUGCGAGGUGGCGCGCUUCUUCCUGAGCACACUACCGGCCGGUGGCGACUGCCAGUGGCACUACACCAGCCCCCUGGUGCCCGGCGGCCAGUCCGCGGCUCCCAAGAGCCUCCCUGAGCCACCCGGGCCCGGCUAUGAAGAAGGGGACGCGGGGGCCAAGGACCGUCCGUCCCAGUCCUGCCAGCAGCGGGCCCGGGACAGCGCUGAGCGUCUCCCCGCCUUCGAUGGGGAACACUUGGUUUCUCCCCCCUGGAGUCGAGUUGCGGGCCUCUCGCCACCCCGCGUCCCCAGUCCUGGCGAUGGGGGAGCUAAGGCAUCGCGACUCACGGACACGCGAAGACAGGGAGCCACCCACACAGGGUCCCCGAUUCCAGGCGGUGGCCACAGGCGCGAAGCUUUCUUCUCCUCUGCAUAG